UCCACCGGGACAAACAACUGAAUCUUCAAAUGGAUUUAGAAAAAAUCUAAUAGAAAAAAAAGAUUCGAAUUUGAACUAUAAUGGAUAUCAAAAUAAUAGUAGUGUAAUUAACUCUUCAAGUAAUUUACAAAAUAAUGUUUUUGGAACAGGAAUUUCAAAUGGACAACACAAUAAUAAUUCAAUUUCGUCACAGGAUCAGACAAUACCGCUCUGUGAACAAGAAGGGCAGGUCAAAAUGAUGAAAUUAGCUGGUCUAACGGUUAUUAUGCAUAGAAAGAAAGGCGAAAUAAUAUAUAGGUUAGCUGACAAUAUGUCAGUUAGUUCUUUAUCUGAUGCGCAAAGAGAAGCACUGCUUAAAGAAAUAAAAACUUUGCACGAUUCAAAUGCCAUUGUUACCCAAUCUAUGCCACAGCACACACAAGAUCAAGGAAUUUCUACGACUUCUUCGCAGUCAACGAUAAAUGCAACAACAUCACGGUUACCGACAUCUACGUCUCUUCCAGAACAUCCGUCCGUAACUAUUCAUAACACUUCAACAAAAGUACAAUCUUCAUUGGCAUCAGCAUCGCAGUUAACACGAUCUUCAUCCUUUCCAAUAUCGACGUCUACGUCGUCAAACAAAUCAAUAAAUAGCACAGCAGCAUUAAAUACACAGACAGCAUCUAAGCAAUUGUAUAUACCAUUAACAUCACGACCUCCUUUAGUUGUUGCAGAAAUACAUUCUGCUGUAUCAGACAGAUCUCAAUCUACAACUCCUUCUAAUAUGACUUCACAGACAUUAUAUCCUUCUUCUCCAUUAGAGGAUUCAUUUUACUCCGACGGAUCAUCAAGAUCCACGAGGAGGUACACUAAGACGGGAAGAUACGCCAAAAAACGAAGCACGGAUGAGAUAGAUUCUCAAUAUACACAAGAAUAUCCAACACAAUAUCAACAUAUACCGAUAAAUACAACAGUACCCAUGAAUAAUCAGAUGAGCGCUCAAACAACUCAAUUUAUUCAAUCUCCUCAACCUGUCCAAUCCACUUAUUAUACAAGUACGACACCAACUACUCGUCCAAUAGUUCAGUAUUAUUCUGCACCGACGCCACUACAUCGCCCAUCGACAUCACAUGGAUUUAAAAGAUCAUUUCAGUCAACAGGACUUCAAAGAACAGCGGAAGAAAUUAACCAUAAUUCAGAUAUCGUGCAAAGAUUCGAAGCAGCAACAAAGGCUGAUCAAAUGGCAGUAUUACAACCUGACUAUAAAACUCCAUUUCGAUCCCUUAAAGAUGCAGUCGCAAGGCUUUUACCAUAUCAUAUUUUUGAAUAUCCUGAAGAAGAUAUGAAAGGCAAUAAUCAAACUUCAGAUUUAGAUGCUACUAAAAAUGCAUUAAGACUUUACAAAAGGCGGAAAAUGAUUUUUGACAAGUACAAUGAUCUUUUAAAAAAAGAAGCAGAGAAAUCAUGUUCGACUGCAUAUACAAACUUAUGUGAGAGACUAAUUGUUGAUGAUGUAAAGACAGAAAUUAUGACACUGAAAGAAAAUUGUCGUCAAUUAAGUGAACAAAUAAAAUCAAGGUCACAAUUAUCAGUGUUAAAACAGCACCAACAACAGUUGCAAUUGCAACAAUUACAGCCGCAACCACCUUCAACACAGCAACCGAAACAACCAGAAUUACCGCAACGACAAAACUAAUAAAAUAUCAUAAAUAUCAUAAUGUAUAUACUUUGUAAAGUACGUCAUAUUGGAUAGUAAAUUCUCUUAAUCAAUAAUUUGCCUGAUAAUUAAAACGUAUUAAACGUAUAGUACGGCUUAUAUGUCGUAAUUGUUUAUAUACCAGAUUAAACCUAAAACUAUUUGAUUCUAAUCUUUCUAAGCAAAUCGAGAUAGUAUUAGUGGAAAGAUCGCAUUUUUCAUUGUAAAUAAUCACAUUAUUACAUCAUUUUGUAUUUUGCAUGAAAUGAUAAAUUUUUUUUUUUUUUG